CAGGAGCCGAGCAGAGGACGGAGGAGACUAGUGACUGAGGAUGUCCUCCUGUACUAUCACUAAGACCACCUCCCCUCGUGUCCUCGUGUUAGAUGUCAGUCUGCCGGGGUGGGCUGCGGUGAAGUCGGUGUUGUGUGAGGCUCUCGGUAACGUCCUGUGUCUGGGUGCGGCCACGGCACAACCUGGAGAACGUCUGAGCGUCUACACCGUAAGAGAGAGACACCAGUGUGUGCUGCCGCUGCAGGAAGUGAGAGGUAAUCUCUGUCGCCUCCAGCGGUGCCUCUCUGAGCUGCGGGCUCUCCCCAUGGAAGGUUCCGGAGCUCUACGGAUCAGGUCGCUCUCAAUGGCUGUGCUGGACUCCCUGCAGCAGAACAAGCAGCAGAUGCAGCACGGCUCCUCUGGGGCCACAUUACACGGCUGCUUUGUGGAGGUGACCAUUGUCUCUCCUCGACCAGGACGGGAACUCAUCUCUGACCUGGACCUUGGUUUGAAGGACGCGGAUCUAAGUACCUUGCAUCGGUUGCUCAUUCUCCAUAUCUCCUGUGAGCUGGAGAACGGGUUUCCUGAGACGCCCCCAGACCCGGGUUCCCAUGUGUAUGACAUUGACAUUCAUGUUACUUUGCCGAAUGUUCUGAGUUUGGAGAUUAUCUUUAAGUCGUGGCUGCUGGAUCACAAGGGCGAGAAAGAGAAAUGCCACCUGAAGUUUCCGGAAGGCGCCUCGGAGUUUCUCAGGGCGGUGUCCUCACCUGGUGUCUGUGGAUCCAUGUUUUAUGGCCUUCCAACUAUCCUAACCCCAACUGCAUGCUGGGAACUAGACUGGGAUCAACUGGAAACCAACCAAGACAACUUCCAUGCGCUGUGUCACUGCCUGCAGUCACAGCAGCUGUCCCUUGUUGCCUGCUCUCCUCAACAUGGCUCCUCCUGGGCUCCUCCUGUCUUCCUUCAUUUCCUGGUGUCCGUGUCUGAUUCUGCUGCUCUGCUGCUUCGUCAGCUCGCUGCGAGGGAGCUUGUCCUCCUCAUGAAUGUGCCACCACUACCGCCAACCAUGGCAGAACCCGCACUCCACCGAAUACAGGACGCUCUCCGCAGCUUGGAGGCUGAUGCUGUAUAUAACCCCCUACAGAUGAACAGCAAUCUAUACCGCCAUCUCCAGGUUACACUCACACAGCCCCAGAAUCCUCCGCGGCGUAUAUCUGCAGGGCCCAGCAGACAGCUUCUUUUCUUGAAAAGGCUCCAGCCUUUUGUGAUGCUGUUUGUUAGCCAGAGGUGGAUCAAUGAGAAGUAA